CCCCUUGUUCUCCCCCCUUCCCCGUUACAGGGCUUAACAUGGGACGAAUACUUCCCAUCCGCGUUUCGUGCCGUGAUACUGCAGUGUCGCUAUGAUGCAACAAGUUCAGACACUCAAUACAGUACAACUAGCAAAAUGCGAGAUGUUCUCAUACUAGUACUGAAGCUGUUAGCGAAGAGUCUAUGCUCCACUACUGGGGACUUCUGAGGAACCAUCCAACGCCUCGGGGCCCUGCCAAGAUGUUUAUCGGAUCGAGGCUCAUCCGUACCAAAGUUAGCCUAUUUCAGCCGCUAUUCAGCUUCGAUUAGUUUAGCAAGUGUCCAAGCUGGAUUGCUUUUUUCUCUUUCUGCAUGUUGACGUGAUACUGUCAUUCGCUCUAUCGUAUCUUGUGUGUUAGGUACUAAGUCGACAACCUCGAAAGAAUUUUUUUUUAACAUGCUGAGAGGAAGAUUUGUCGAUCGAAAAGCUUCGGCUGCUUCUCUGAAUUCACUUGCCGGUCCAGCCACCGUCAAGAUACUCGUUGGCUCGGAUGGCCAGGAAUUUCUUGUUCUAAGAAAACUCCUGGCAUCAUGCAACUACUUCCGGCAGCACAUAGACAACGCGCGUGUUGAGUUCGAAAAAGGGCAGGCUCACAUCGUCGUCGUCUUGGAAGAUCAAGAACCACCCAUGUUCGAGUUAUUCGUAUAUUGGCUGAACGAACGGAAAAACUUCGACAAGUUCAUCGACGCCGCUGAGACCGAUCGCUCCUGUCAGGAGCUUCACAACAGCUUAGUCCAACUACACAUAUUCGCCGCCCAGAUAAAUAUUCCCGCCUUACAAGAUUGUGCUAUGGACGCUAUUCAAGACGUCUACCUUCGGAGGAACUGGGAUAUCAGCACAAGACUAAUCAGAUUUAUUUAUACCUCAUGUGACCCUCAAGAGAGCUGCCGACUACGAAAGUGGAUCGUAGCUAUGACGGCGUGGACACUCGGGGGCGUAGUUACGACCGAAAUGUCGAAUAGCAUCCAACGCCUCUUCGAGCAAUGUCCAGACUUCUGGGCCGAAUACAACAACCACACGCGCAAAAUGGCGCAAUCCGGGCUCGAGGGCCAAUUCAAGAAUCCCCAGCUCAGACUUCCUUCCAACAACUUUCGCGGCGAAGAGCGUCAGUUCGGGUUUCGACAAUGCUCGUUCCACACGCACCGAUCGACUGUUGGACAAGGACGAUGUCCUCACGCGGCUUCUUUUUCGCCGCUCAUUCCGUCUCCGCAUACAGACAGCUACGUCGAGUCAGAUUCAGACCGGGGCGAUUCAAGGUUUGGAUCACGGAUGGUUUCCCCGAGCAGUGAUUCGAGGCUUGGGUCGCGAAUGGUUUCCCCGAUUAGCGAUACGAUACCCGAGUCCGAUUUAGAGACCUCAUGAGAUUUUGCAGUCUAAAUACCACCCGAGCGCGGCUUCGACGAAAUCUUUGUAUUUUUAUUGGGAUUUAUAUACCACUUACAACUGGAGAGAGGAAGGAUGGCCAACGUCUAAUCGACGGCUUUGGUUUAGGCGUUGUGUUUGUUUUCACAUUUGUUUUACAACAUCAUCUACGCGUUUGUCCGAGGUAGAACGCCGUGACUGGAAUAGUAUCACGCGAACAUACCUUAUGUGCCCACAAACUGUCGGGCAGGGCUAAAAAUUACAGGCCUACGCAGUAGCCACCAUGGCUACUAUUAUCAUGUUUUUCGAUCAUUCUAUACCUACGAAACCGUCGACGUGUUUCGUUUAUAUCCACACUUAGGCCACGAUAAUAUCCACGGCAAGGAUUCAAACUCGCUUCCUCGCCCUAGGACAUUUACGACGAAUAAUACCACUACUCAGGUAGAACUAAUUACCUAUUACCCGGGCUAAACACCUCACUAUUUCUGUAUACAUACCCAAGGAGAUAAAUUCCGACGGAAGUUCUUAGUAUAUCCUUUGUAAUUAUAAUAGUUAAGCUUAUUGCAACCUCUUACAACUUGUUUCUAUAGCUACCUAAUGUAUGAGUAUUUUAACAAUGCCCAUUUUGUUA